GACGCUGAGGUCUACUGACUGUUGGACCAAUUUGAGCUCAGUCUUCUCGAAACUCUCCUCCUCCUGUGCCUGGCAAGCCCAUUCUAAGCGCCACAGAUGUUGCUGCUGCUUUCCCUUCUCCUGACCUUGCUGGUUCCCUCCACUAUGGGAAAAGCUGACAGUGUGGACCCGGACUUGUACUUAGAACUUCGCUGCAUGUGCAUGAAGACCAUCUCUAGCAUUCACCCCAACAACAUCCAACGUUUAGAGGUGAUCAAGGCAGGACCCCACUGCGCCAAAGUCGAAGUGCUAGCCACAAUGAAAAAUGGAAAUAAAAUCUGCCUGGACCCGGAAUCUCCCAGAAUGAAGAAAAUAGUCCAGAAAUUUUUGAAAAGUGAUGGGUCAGAUGCUUAAUCUGCUCACUUUCUGUCAGCGUUUUAACCAUUUCCCAGGAAGAGCAAGAUAUUGAAGCUUUGAUUAGAUGUAGUUCUUACCUGUCCAUGUCACCUAAUCACGCGAUAUUAAACUUUGGCUGGUUUUCAUUUCUGUAUCAAAUAGUCACAUUUUAUUCUGAGAAGGAUGGUUAGUACACAGAGAAAAGAGGAACGUCAGAAAGCCUAGUUUCAAACUAUAAGCUGUGGUUUACUUGCUAACUCUUGGCUAACCAUUGCAUUCUUUACUUUCCUACCACAUUUAGGUUAACUUCUUUUGUUCUGCUUUACUAUGAGACUGGACAUGCUCUUGAUGGUUAAUAGAUUCUAUUGGAUCAGUGAGAUUAGGAAGCACAAGGACCCCAGUAUAAAGCACUA